AUGAUUGGGUUUUUGGACUAUAUUGUCCACGCCUUUGGGACGUCGACCGAUUGGAAUCCUGACAACAGCUACUCCUCUCUGACCGCAACGUCGGACGCGUUGCUCUCGUUUCAGACUCCCUCAACAUUGUCGCUCCAUGUCUCGUCUCUGAGCACCCCAAACUUCGCAUCUUCAUACACCUUGUCGACGUUGGGGCACAUCGAUGGCUCGAUAUCCUACCUCUACUCAAGCAUCCCAUUGAGCCAUGUUCCUUCAGAAGCACCGAGCAUACCCCUCAAAUAUUUGACUCCGGGAUACAGAGAUAUAAGGCUACCCCUGACGUUUCUGCCAGGAAAAAAGAAGGACAAUUCCAAGUCUUUAAGCGAAGAUGGGAGAAAGCCAAUUCUGCUGCAUGCAACACUGGACCUUCCCCCUCCAUCAGUUCUGACGGCGUUAUAUGCGCGCCGCAUCAGUCCCGAGACUCUGCUCUCCAUCUCAAUAUACAGCAAAUCAACCUCGACACCAGUGACGAAUACAGGUCCUCCACCGGCCUCGAUCCUUGCCCAUGUUCAGCACGAUGCAGGCCAAUAUUCAGUCGAGGGGCUGGGCUCAACAGACAAUGGCCUACUUGGAAUUAGAGGUCUUUGGAAUUUUGGCCUUACCGCUCCUAAGAUGCAAGCCGCCUCUCCCUCGAGACACCUUCCGUCACUACAGACUACGGACGCCACGGAUAUCUCUACAGAUUUCUCUCUCCCAGGACCGAGCUCCGCGCGGCAAGGGGAUGCCUUGACUCCAUAUCAAAUUCGUCUAGCUUCUAAGCCAUCGCUGCUGUCUGCCGGCGCAGAGUUCUACUACAGCCCUCUUUCCCACGUUAUCGGCCUCUCGACGGGCUUACGCUUCACCACCCUUACACCGCAUAUAACACCAUCAGAGCCACCGCCAUACCCUAGUCCUUCGCAUCACAACCCGCGGGCGGGAACGUCUGCCGCCAUUCUUUCCACGGCGUCUCAUGCCCUGCUCACUCCCUCAAAUGUGCCGUAUUCGUCAUUUCCAUAUACCAUGACCUUAACCCUGACUCCCCUCACGGGAUCCAUAUCAUCUACUUACUCCGUGCGGCCGACAUCGACACUGUCCUUGUCGUCCAGGUUCGACUUUAAUUUUUAUUCGUGGGAGUCUCGAUAUGUCGUGGGCGGAGAGCUGUGGCGGCCUCGCCGUCGGCGAACCUCGUCUUCCUCCCCCUUUUCCAGAAAUGCAGAGGGUAACUCUGCUGAGACAGAUAGAGAUCCAAUUCAAUGGGCCCGUACCCUCACCAAAGACUGGUUCAGCCCGACCGAGCGGUCCCUCAAGGAGGAGCGAAUUGAAAGAGAAGAAGAGACCGUGCUGAACUUCCGGGUAGAUGACUCCUGGAAUGUCAAGGCGCUCUGGACUGGACGAGUGAAGAGUCUGCUUGUCGAGGUGGGAGUCUCGGUAAACCCUGUCGGCGGAGCUGCAGCUGGUGGAUUUAGGGCCAGCGGACUGAGUGCAGGGACUGGAAAUGCCAUAAAGACUGCCGGGCAACAUGGGGGGGUCGAGUCUGAUGAAGGAGGGGUCAAGAAAUGGACAGGCAAGGUGGGUGUGAGCGUUGUCUACUCUACCUGA